AUGCGUUUCCCACAAUUUCUGGUCGGCAGCGCGCUGCUGGGCACCGCCAUCGCUGUAUCGUCGCUAGUCGAACUGGACUACGCAUCUUACCAGGGCGAAUCACUACAAAAUGGCGUCUCCCAGUGGUUGGGAGUCAGAUAUGCGGCAGCACCUAUUGGCGAUCUGAGAUUCUCCGCUCCCCAAGACCCGCCCCAUUACAACGAGACGCAAUCUGCCACUGCGCACGGAAAGCUAUGCCUCGCGACAACGGCUGGCCCGCCUUCGAACACGACUGAUGAGGAUUGCCUUUUCCUGGAAGUCUUUGCUCCAACCAAUGCUACAGCCGAGUCGAGUCUGCCAGUGUACUUUUGGAUUCAGGGCGGUGGCUUCAACCAACUGAGCAAUGCAAACUACGACGGCUCGGGGCUGAUCAUAGCGAGCGACUUCAAUAUUGUGGUGGUCACUCUCAACUAUCGCGUUGGACCAUACGGCUUUCUUGCGAGCUCGGAGAUCGUCGAAGGAGGCAGCAUCAACAAUGGACUCAAGGACCAGCGCAAAGCUCUUGAAUGGGUCCAGAAGCAUAUCARAUCGUUUGGCGGCAAUCCCCACCAUGUGACUCUCGGAGGUGCUUCUGCAGGCGCUCAGAGCGUUGCACUCCAUGUGACGGCAUACGGAGGACGAGACGAUGGUCUUUUCCAUGCAUCUGCCGCCGAGUCACAGUCCUUCCCUCCUUUGCGCUCUGUAAACGAAAGCCAGUUUGCUUACAAUAACCUGGUAAUUCGAGCCGAGUGUGCUUCUGAGACGGAUACUCUCGCCUGCCUGCGAUCUCGCUCUGCAGCUCAGCUACAAGCGGUGAACAUCAACACUCCCUAUCCAGGAGCACAACAAGCACCGAUCUACAACUAUGGUCCGGUUCUUGACUACGACUUUGUGAGCGACUACACCUUCCGCGCAUACGCAGAGGGGAAGUAUGUGAAGGUUCCAGCCAUCUAUGGCGACGAUACCAACGAAGGCACUGUCUUUACCCCCAGAAACACCUCCAGCAUCGCCCAGAGCAAUACUUUCAUUCAGAAUCAAUUCCCAGAUGUCACUCUCCAGCAAUUCAAGAGGAUGAACGAGCUGUACCCGGUCGAGAGCACUCCUGAAUUCCCCAAUACUGGCAGAUAUUGGCGGCAAGUAUCCGAUGUGUAUGGCGACCUUCGCUACACAUGUCCAGGAAUCUUCGUCAGCGGCAUCUACGCAAACGACAGUAUCCCCAACUGGAWCUACCGCUGGAACGUCAUCGACCCAACUGCUGCAGCAGAUGGAACGGGUGUCACUCAUACGAGUGAGGUGAAUGCCAUAUUUGGGCCAGAGUAUGUUCUUGGUAACGCGCCCAAGUCUUACCAAAUGGGCGGCGUGAACUAUCCCAGUGUGGCUGUGAUCCAAGGCUACUGGACGAGCUUCAUCCGCUGCUUCGACCCCAACACCCACAAGAAGCCUGGCACACCGGAGUGGGAUCAGUGGACUCAGGACAACUACAACCGCAGAUUGAUGUUUCAGACCAACAACACCAAGAUGGAGACCGUCCCGUCUGACCAGCAGGAGAAGUGUGAAUAUUUAGCUUCUAUUGCCAUCRGUCUGAAGCAAUGA